GAAAAGGAGCGAAAUAUUGGCAGAGAAACAAAAGCAUAAAACACAACACCAGAGAUUUUCUCCCAACAAAAGACCAAACUUCGAACUCAACGAGAGAGAGAGAGAGAGAGAGAGAGAGAAGUAUUAAACCAAAACUAGAUACAUAAACUAGAGAGAGAGAGAGACAGAUAUAUUCCACUUCUUUAUUUCUCUUCUUCCGGUUUGGUUUUGGUUUUCCCGAGAAAAUCAAGAAGGGAUCGAGUAGCAGAAGCCUAAACCCAAUCAAGAAACAUAGCUCUGAGCCUCAAAGACCGUUUUCUGGGUUCGUUUAAUUUGAUAAAUAAUAAUAAAUGACCGAGUCGACCAAAGUAAGGCUAGUUCGUUGCCCCAAGUGCGAGAAUCUUUUAUCAGAGCCUGAAGAUUCCCCCUUUUUCCAGUGCGGUGGCUGCUUCACCGUUCUUCGUGCCAAAAUUAAGGAGCGUGAAGCUGAAGCAGAUCCUGUUUCAGACAAGUCCGUGGAACAUGGAGCCAAACCAGUUUCAGUUAACUCCACUAGUUCCUCUGAGAAAGCCGUUGUGGAUUCUAGUGAUGAAACUUCAUCUGACUCUGAUGUUGUUCCAUCAUCACUUUCUGCUGCUUCUUUGAGACACCAGCAAAAUGUUCCACUACUUGCUGUUAAGAAUGAUCCUUGUUGUUCAAAAGGAGAAGGUGACAGAUCUAUACUAGUGGAUAAAAAAGAUGACCCCAAAUCUCAAUCAGGGAGACAAGACUCGGGUUUGGAUCAGUUUAGGAAAAGAACAACCAAGAGAUGUGAUUCUGAUAGUGUCGUCAUCAAUAGAUUAUCCACCACUUCAAAGUACCCUUGUGAUGAAGGCCCUACUUCUUCAGCCAACAACUACUUUCCAGAUUCAGUCCGUGAGUUCCAGCAUCAUUUGAAAGAUCAGAGCAAUGAAGCAAUCGAGCAAGACCGAGCUGGUCUUCUGAGACAGUUGGAAAAGCUCAAAGAACAGCUUGUUCAGUCUUGCAAUGUGCCUGGUGAGAAACCUAAAGAAUCUUUGUCUUCCACAGGGUUGUUGAACAAGGGGCCUCCUAUGAGGUUUCACAGUUUGGGUAAUCACGCUGUUGGAGGUCCUUCUUAUUACCAUCAACACACCGAACCGCAAUUCCCUUACAACAACAAUAGUGAAGUCCCUCAUAGUCUGAUGCAUCCUUCUUUUGGAGACCCUCACAGGUACCAGAUGCAUGGAAGAGGUCCUCAUCCGCUGCAACCAUCUCAUCCCUACUACUCGGGACAAUAUGUAGGUAAUAAUAACAACGGUCAUGAUCUUUUUGACGCAUACCCGCAGCAAAACAACGGGCAUUUUCAUAACUCAUCUUGCUCUUGUUACCACUGUUAUGAGAAUAAAUACUGGCGAGGUUCCGCACCAGUGAUCCCUGACGCACCCUAUAACGCCGGUUUUUAUCCUCAUGAGAACGUUAUGGGUUUUGCUCCACCGCAUAAUCCUAGAACUUACGCUUCUCGUGGUCUACAGCCUCAUGGCAGAUGGCCUAGUAACUUCACUGAUGCUCAAAUGGAAGAUCUUUCACGGAUACGUCCACCUAGAGUUGUGUUAUCAGGCGGCUCUCGUCAUAUCCGUCCUUUGGCUGGUGGUGCUCCAUUUAUAACUUGUCAGAACUGCUUCGAGCUUCUACAGUUGCCAAAGAAACCAGAGGCUGGUGGUACAAAGAAACAGCAGAAAGUGAGAUGCGGAGCUUGCUCAUGUUUGAUAGAUUUAUCUGUUGUUAAUAACAAAUUCGUUCUCUCGACAAACACAGCUUCAACAAGACAAGGAGAAGCCCGCGUAGCUGCUGAUUACACUUCCGAUGACUAUGAUCUUCUCGGUUAUGUGUUUCAUUCGUUGGAUGAUGAACCAAGAGAUCUUCCUGGAUUGAUUUCAGACAAGUCGUCUACAGAUAUGCAACACGUUCAUUCUCAUUCCGCUAGUCUUUCCGAGGGGGAGCUAAGCUCAGACAGUCUAACAGCUAAGCCACUAGCCCAAGCUCAAGAUUCUCCUCUUCACGAGAACUACGUUGAUUACUCAUCGAUCAAUCACGACCGGUCUGGAGCAGGCAGCCGUAGCUCUCGUUCAGAACACGACAGGGUCACACAGAGCAGGACGACGGCUAUGAGACAAAACUCCAUGAAAGAGGUUUCACUUGCAAGUGAGAUGGAAGUUAACUUCAACGAUUACUCUCAGAAUCAUAACAACAGUGGAGUAUCUAAAGAUCAGCAGCAAAGAGCCAAGAAGAGCGGAUUCGCGAGCAUUGUGAAGAAAAGCUUCAAGGAUCUGACAAAAUCUAUACAGAAUGAUGAAGGGAACAAAAGCAAUGUUUCUGUAAAUGGACAUCUUUUAACAGAACGUCUGCUGAGAAAAGCAGAGAAGCAAGCCGGAGCCAUUCAGCCAGGAAACUACUGGUAUGAUUACAGAGCUGGAUUCUGGGGAGUAAUGGGAGGUCCAGGUCUUGGAAUAUUACCGCCAUUCAUAGACGAGCUGAAUUACACAAUGCCAGAGAACUGCUCAGGUGGAACAACGGGAGUGUUUGUAAACGGAAGAGAGCUUCACCGUAAAGAUUUGGACUUGCUUGCGGGUAGAGGACUUCCUCCAGACAGAGAGAGAUCCUACAUUGUUGACAUUACGGGUAAAGUCAUAGAUGAAGACACCGGUGAAGAGCUUGAUUGCCUCGGGAAACUUGCCCCAACAAUUGAGAAAUUGAAGCGUGGGUUUGGAAUGAGACUUCCAAAAAGAGCUACGUGACGGAAGAAGAUAAAGACGAGAGAUGUAUUUAACUGAAUGAAUAUCUUUGUUUAUUCAUACUGUACUCCGAAAAUUUAGAGAGCUUAUGUAUUUAUUUAUUUAGAAAAAAUGGUAUAUUUAUUUUCUUUCAAGGGUUUUUAAUUUUAAUUAUGGACUCAGCUGCCGGGAUUAUACCCAACUAAUAGUACUUAUUAGUCGGUCUCA